CAGAGCCGGCCUAGCAUCUCCCGUUAUCGGAGGUCGUGAUUCGUCAGAAAAGGGGGCUAUCAACUCAAGAAUUCAAUUUCGUCAAAGCUAUUGUAUCGUGUGAUCAGAAGACUUACAGCAAAGCCUGUUUUCGCCAUCGACUUGCUGGAACACAACACUUCUCAGCAUGGCUCACACUGUACCUCCGCUCAAGGACCCCUCACUUCUCAUCGAGAAGGCGUGGAUCAACGGGGCCUUCGUUUCCUCUCAAACAGGGCAGACAUUCCCCGUCCACGACCCAGCGACAGGAGCCGUCAUCGGCCACUGCCCAGACCUCACGCCCCCCGAAGUCGAGUCAGCCAUCGCCGCCGCCGCCGCCGCCUUCCCCUCCUUCCGCGCCACAACGGGGCGAUCCCGAUCGGCCCUCCUGCGCCGCUGGCUCGACCAGGUGCUCUCCAACGCCGACGACCUCGCCACCCUCAUCACCUGGGAGAGCGGCAAGGCGCGGGCGGAUGCGCGCGCUGAGGUCUCCUACGCGGCCAGCUACAUCGAGUGGUUCGCCGAGGAGGCGCCGCGCAUCCAUGGUUCGAUCAUCCCAGCAUCCUCUGGUCCGGGGAGAUGCGUCUGCGCGUCGCGCGAGCCCGUCGGCGUGUGCGCCCUGAUCACGCCGUGGAACUUCCCCGCCGCCAUGGUGGCGCGCAAGGUGGCGCCGGCGCUGGCGGCCGGGUGCGCGGUGGUGCUGAAGAGCGCGGGGGAGACGCCCUUCACGGCGAAUGCGCUGGCCGAGCUGGCUGGGCGGGCGGGGGUGCCUGCGGGGGUGCUGAAUGUCGUUACGGCGUUGGGUAAUACGGUUGCUGUUGGUAGGCUGCUGAGCAUGGAUCGGCGGGUGAAGAAGCUGUCGUUUACUGGUAGCACGGCUGUUGGUAAGAUACUGAUGGCGCAGGCUGCGGGGACGUUGAAAAAACUAUCGAUGGAGCUGGGGGGUAACUCCCCCUUUAUUGUGUUUGACGACUGCAAGGGUCUGGACGAUGCUGUUGCCGGUGCUCUUGCUGCCAAGUUUAGGGGCUCUGGACAGACUUGCGUGGCGGCCAACAGGAUAUUCGUGCAGGAAGGGAUCUAUGACGAGUUUGCGAGGAGAUUCACGGAGAAGGUCGAGAAGUUCAGGGUUGGCGGCGGUUUCAACGAGGGUGUCACUCACGGACCGGCCAUACACGAACGCGCCGUGGAGAAGAUGGAGCAGCAUGUCUGCGACGCCCUUGCCAAGGGCGCCAAGCUGAUGACGGGUGGGAAGAGACUCCCAGAGUUAGGAGGCAACUUCUUUGCACCGACCGUGCUGACAGGGAUGACGCGCGACAUGCUCAUCUUCAGCGAGGAGACCUUUGGGCCUGUAGCCGGCCUCUUCGCCUUCUCGACCGAGCGGGAGGUUAUUGAGCUGGCAAAUGACUCCGAGGUUGGCCUUGCCGGAUACGUGUUUAGCGGCGAUGUCGACCGCGUCUACCGCGUCGCGGACGCUCUCGAGGUGGGCAUGGUGGGCAUCAACACGGGCAUUAUUAGCGACGCGGUCUCGCCGUUUGGGGGGGUCAAGGAGUCGGGCUUCGGGAGAGAGGGCUCCAAGUACGGCAUCGAGGAUUAUACCGUGUUGAAGGCGGUCACGCUCUGCACCAAGUUGGACUCUGAUGAAAGGGGAAGGUAGACUGAGAUGCAAUUAGUCG